GCUGCUGUCGCUGCUCUGAGGAAAGUUCAGCUACUCCACUAACUGUUUCUUUGUCCAGUAACAUGACUAGCAAGAAAGUAAUUGCAGUGUUUGGAGCAACAGGAGCCCAGGGUGGCUCUGUGGCCAGGGCCAUUUUGGAGAGCAAAAAGUUUGCUGUGAGAGCAAUGACCAGGGAUGUGACUCGACCAAAUGCACUGGUGCUCCGGGACCUUGGCGCUGAGGUGGUAAAAGGGGACCUGAAUGAUGCAGCAUCAGUGGAGGCCGCCUUAAAAGAUGCCUAUGGGGCCUUUGUGGUGACCAACUUCUGGGACCAUCUCAGCAAAGAGAAAGAAGUGUGUCAGGGAAAGCUGGUGGCCGAUAUUGCCAAGCGCCUGGGUCUGAAGCACGUGGUGUACAGCGGCCUGGAGGACGUCAAGCGCCUGACUGGCGGGAAGCUGGAAGUUGAGCACUUUGAUGGGAAGGGAGAGGUGGAGGAGUAUUUCUGGUCCAUUGGUGUUCCCAUGACUAGCGUCCGCUUGGCAGCUUACUUUGAAAACUUUCUCACCAUAUGGAAGGUGGUGAAAGCCUCUGAUGGAGAUUACUACACCUUGGCACUGCCUAUGGGUGACAUACCAAUGGAUGGCAUCUCUGUUGCUGAUGUUGGAGCAGUUGUCUGUAGCAUUUUUAAUUCUCCAGCAGAGUUUAUAGGCAAGGCUGUGGGCAUCAGUGCAGAAGCGCUGACAAUACAGCAAUAUGCUGAUGUUUUGUCCAAGAGUUUGGGGAAAGAUGUCCGAGAUGCAAAGAUCACCAUGGAAGCUUACGAGAAGCUGGGAUUUCCUGGAGCGGCGGAAAUGGCCAACAUGUUUCGUUUCUAUCACAUGAAGCCAGACCGUGAUGUCAAGCUCACCCACCGACUAAACCCCAAAGUCAGAAGCUUCAGCCAGUUUAUCUCAGAGAAUCAGGGAGCACUGAAGGACAUUUAA